AUGCCCUUCCGCACCAAAGCCAAAGCGCUCUUCAAAUCCUCCAAAACCCGCUCCACCUCCUCCUCCAACGCCUCCACCUCCGCCUCCUCCUCCGACGGCCCCAACCACGACGUCUACAAACCCGGCGAGCCCAUGCCGCCCCCCAAAUACCGCCGCCCGCCCGCCCGCGAACACACCGAGAAGCUGGAGAGCUUCUCCUUUGCCGACGCGUGGCGCAAAAAGAGCUUCCAGAGCUCGCAUAGCCCCAUGGGCACGCGCGCGCACAGUCGGCGGACGAGUUUCUUAAGUGCCGGGCGGAGGAGUACGCCGGCUAGUCGCAGGGGGAGUGCGACGGGGCCCGGGGGGACUUUGGCGACGCCCGGGGAGGAGCACAAGGAUGCUCUUGCGCUUGCGGCGCAGCUGACUCCUGAGCCCGAGGCGGAGGGCGACGACGACGUAACGAAUGUCGGCCUUUCUCGUGUGCAGUCGAAUAAACGCACCGAUGGCGCUCUGCAGCCGAAUGGGCUGCCGAAAGCACUCAGUACAGCGCACGACCAUCAGCCCUUCAGUGAGCACGAUCUGGCAUCGGCCCUGAAGCGGUCACAAAUGCAGGUCGCGGCGCACUAG